UCGUUUUCGCGCGCGCAACGCGGGAAAAAUAUCGCGGAAAAAGUAAUGUUUGAUAAUAAUUAUUGAUUAUAGUGAAGUGAAAUAUGCUGACAAUAAGAAGAAUUUCAAGGAAAUAAAUACAUAAAGGCCGAGCAUGUGGCUGAUACUCAUCGCGCUGGUGUGCGGUUGUGAGGCGGCCAACCGGGUUACCGACGUCGCCACCACCUGUGACAGGAGUUCUGUGACCGUGACCGUCACCAUGCAGGAGCCCUUCAAGGGCCUGGUGUUCAGCAAGGACUUCGCUAGGGAGUGUCAUGCUAGAGGGCAAUCCACCAACAACAUAACUCUACACCUGCCGUCCAACGCGUGCGGGGUCCGCACCUCCCCGCUCAACAACAGCAUGGCUGAGGAUGAACUGUACUACAGUUUGCAGCUAGUGGUGCAGAUGGACAGGCAGCUGCAGCAGGCUACGGACCUGGAGCUGCUUGUGAGGUGCAAGCUGCAGCGGCGCGCGAUCCGCAUCAACAGCUCGGCGCUGGAGGGGGUCAUCAAGUCCAAGCUGAGAGAGAUUUCCGGACAUGACGGAAAGAGAGCGAGGACUGGCCGCAACCGUCACGUGGAGGACAUAGCUGACGUGGAACAGAGGGAGCUACUGCUGGAGUCGGCGCGCGCGUGGAUGAGGCUCGGCCCCGCGGCACCCAGCGCGGAACCCACCACCGUCGACGUGGGGCAGCCCACCAAGCUCGUUAUACAGGCUACACUGCCAGUUGGCGUCGGCCUACGCGUAACGAACUGCAUCGCCCAUGACGGUCUAGGCGAGGCCUCUCAGAAACUCCUCGACGAAGCCGGCUGUCCCAUAGACGAGAGCAUAUUCAGCAAGCCCAUCAUACACCGGCACAAGCAGAAAGACGAAAUAGACUUCAGCGACGAGAAGAUUCGAAUGGAGAAACUGAGAUCGAAAGAUCCAGAAACGAUUUACAAAAGUAUGAUGACGUACCAACACGCUGUCACCACUUUUGCGGCAUUCAAGUUCCCCGAUAGAGCGAAGCUUCACCUGUCCUGCGGUUUGGAACUCUGUAAGGGACCAUGUCCAGUAGUCAACUGCAAAGCGCUGCAGAGACCCCAGCAGACUAAGGACGGUUUGGUGCGGAAGGCGCGUUUGGAUAAGGAGGCCAAAGGCGUCGUGAUAGACCGACUCGAAGUGUACAACAGUAUCGAGGUUUUGGCACCCAAUAUUGAGUUGGAGGAUGAGGCUUCCAUAAAAGAUUCGAGAAGAAUCCAAGGUGAAGAAGAUUUGAUCAGACGGUUUUCACCGGGCGAUAAGACAAUUUGCUUAUCCCCCGGCAAGAUGGCGCUAGCGUUCUGCGUUCUCGGCGUCAUAUUCAUCUGCGGAAUCGCUGUAGCUUUCGCAUCACUAGUGCGAGCGAGACGACGAGUACCGCACGACCCGAUGCAUACAUCCCUCUCUUUCUACACGGGAACCAAGAGUCUGUUCUCUUCAAACGAAAGCAGCAGCUCUGGUCUCAGUGGAAGCAAACUUUUACUCACCGAUAGUCCCUAUUUAGACCACCACUCGUCAUCCAGUAAUAAUUGGCCAUACAAUAGAGCGUAUUAAGUUAAAAUAUGUAGUUUUGUAAGACAUCGAAGUUUGAUCGAAUUUAUUGGUGAAUUCACUAAAAUUACAAUAAUAUAGGCCGCGAUUACAUCUAAUUUCUUAUUCUAUUCUGUUGAGAAGGUGUGAUUUGUAAA